AGUGCCGCGUUCCCACAAUGCAUUGCGGCGUGACGUCAACUCCAAAGCCCUAUUCUCUACCAUUGGCUGGUUGUUGCAUAUCCCACAAUCCACCGCCUUACAACUUCCUUUUUCCUUUCGGCCAUUUUCCUCCCUUGUAGGGAAGCAGGCAGCCAUGGCCCCCAGCCGGAAUGGAAUGAUCCUGAACCCUCACUUUCACAAAGACUGGCAGAAAAGAGUGCGCACCUGGUUCAACCAGCCAGCCAGGAAGAUCCGCAGGCGAAAGGCUCGUCAGGCUAAAGCCCGCCGCAUUGCUCCUCGCCCUGUCGCUGGACCACUGAGGCCACAGGUUAGGUGUCCCACUAUCAGGUACCAUACCAAGGUUCGUUCUGGACGUGGCUUCACCCUCGAGGAACUGAAGGCGGCUGGCAUCCACAAAAAGACGGCCCGCACCAUUGGCAUCUCAGUGGACCCUCGUCGCCGCAACAGAUCCACAGAAUCUCUUCAGGCCAAUGUGCAGCGCCUGAAGGAGUACCGCUCCAAGCUCAUCCUGUUCCCCAGGAAGGCUUCUGCCCCCAAGAAGGGAGAUAGCACUGAGGAGGAAAUCAAGAUGGCCACUCAGCUCACUGGUCCAGUCAUGCCCAUCAGAACUGUCCACAAGAAGGAGAAGGCCAGGGUUAUCUCCGAGGAUGAGAAGAACUUCAAGGCUUUCGCCAGCCUGCGUAUGGCUCGCGCCAAUGCUCGUCUAUUUGGCAUUCGUGCCAAGAGAGCCAAAGAGGCUGCUGAGCAGGACGUGGAGAAGAAGAAGUGAAAAUAGUCACUAUGGAACUUUGCAAAAUAAAGUGUUUAAAAAGA